AGUGAAGAAAGUGAGGUCGCUGAUUGGCCCAAAGAAAGCAGCACAACUACAUGGAGCAAGUCAUUCAGCUUGUUCAAGUGCUUAAACUGUUUCUGUGAGAGAGUAACGGGCCAGACAACUCCAGCUUCAAUGGAUGGGGUCAUCUCCGAAGAUGAGAAAUCGGUGGAACCUUAUUUUUGUUUUUACAAGUGAAUGCAUGCUACUUUCUUUGUGUUGUAGGACCUUGCAUAUGGAAACUUCACUUUGUAGCCUUUGACUCAUAGUCUAACCUAACACCUUUUUAUCAGUAUAGGCUAAAUGUGCAGUAAGACCUGAAUGGCUGUUUGAAUGGCUCAGUACAGCUGAGCUGAAAAUGGAUUGAUGUUACUGGAGUGUACGGCUUUACGAUGGCAAAUGCAGACAGCGAGGUCAGAACACUUCUGAACUUUGUUAAUUUGGCAUCAAGUGACAUCAAAGCGGCGCUUGACAAAUCGGCUCCCUGCAGGCGCUCAGUGGACCAUAGAAAGUACCUGCAAAAACAGCUGAAACGUUUUUCAAAGAGAUACUCCAGGUUACCUCGUUGUCGUUCAUACAGAACAACAGAACUGGGGAUGAAAAAUAUAUCAGAAGACAACCCUGUUGUGUAUUCCCUUGAAGGCAUCCAUCAGUUGAAUCUCAGAGGGAAGAAAGAAUCGGUGGCAUCAGACCUGCACCAGAACUCUUCAAAUCUUCACAAAAAUGGAGAUCAGAACCAAGUGCCUAUGAGGAAGCGCCAACUUCCAGCUUCUUUCUGGAAAGAACCCACAUCUUCGCAACAAAGUUUGACUGCUUCUCUGGUCACAGUUACUAAAGAAACUGAUGUUCCAAGAGGGACCAUACCCCUGGUGCCAGACGGUGAAAAUAUAUAUAGAUUUAACGACAACAACAUAAACUCUUUACACACUUUCAGUGAUUCUGUGGAGAGCACACCGCUCAAGAUGGACUUGACAUGCAGGAAUGUAGAUUUGUGUGGCUGCUAUUCUCUUCAAUACCACGGACAGAUCUUGCAAAGGCACUUAAUUGCUCCACGCUCUGCUUUCUUCAGUGUUGGGGCCCCUGCUGCAAUGGCUGUUGAUGCUGACAGACAUAACUCACCAAAUAGACUUGAAUACCAUGCAACCCAUGUCGUCGUGAAGCCAAUUCCAACCAAACCAGCGCUCUCUUCGUCGAUGUUCAGUAUGUUUGGAUUUAUUUAAGAGAAAGGAUAGGCAACAUGCUACUUAGAUUGACUCUUGUUUUCCUCUAGGAUCCUAGGAUUUAUUAGGGGAUGGAGUGCUAGGGUUCUGUUUUUUCAUUACCAGAUCUGAAAUAUUAGCCAACUGCUAUUAGUUCUUACAACAUGGUAGGCUAUCCACAUGGUUAGUGAUGGUCUAUUCAGCAGCUCUCGUGUGGCAGUCCUGCUAGAUGCUUAGCUUUACUGAUGUAUGAUUACAGUGCUUAACAGCUCUAUAAUAAGGCUCUACUAGUGCAUUGUUCCUCCUCAAUAGGCUACUAUAUGGACUGAUACAUGCCAAAGGAAAAUUAAUCCAGGUGAAGGCAAUGUUUCUUCUUGGUACAGCUGAUGAUAGAACGUUUGUAAGGUUGCAAGGACUGUACUGGUGCAGGUUAAAGUUGAAUUUGUUCUAACUUUGUUUAACAUUGUUUUAACAGUUUAAAGUGAUGUUGUUGUGUUUUUGUAAAACAUAAACACCUUCUGAGCA